UUUUGUUGUUGUUGUUAUUAUCGUUAUUUUUUUCUGCCCUGCCUCGUAAACCCCGACUCUUCGCAGAUGUUAGUGCACAGUUUUUCGGCUAUGGAGCGCCACGACAGCACCAGCAACGGGACGGCCCGGCUGCCCCAGCUGGGGACCGUGGGUCAGUCCCCCUACACCAGCGCCCCACCGCUCUCCCACACCCCCAACGCCGACUUCCAGCCUCCCUACUUCCCCCCCCCUUACCAGCCCAUCUACCCCCAGUCUCAGGACCCCUACUCCCACGUGAACGACCCCUACAGCCUCAACCCCCUCCACGCCCAGCCGCAGCCCCAGCACCCAGGAUGGCCGGGACAGAGGCAGAGCCAGGAGACGGGGCUCCUGCACACGCACCGGGGGCUCCCCCACCAGCUUUCGGGCUUGGACCCCCGCAGGGACUACCGGCGGCACGACGACCUGCUGCACGCCCCGCACGGGCUGGGCUCGGGGCUGGCCGACCUGCCCCUACACUCCAUCCCUCACGCCAUCGAGGACGUGCCGCACGUAGAAGACCCCGGUAUUAACAUUCCGGAUCAAACUGUAAUUAAGAAAGGCCCCGUGUCCCUCUCCAAGUCUAACAACAACGCCGUCUCCUCCAUCCCCAUCAACAAGGACGCGCUUUUCGGCGGGGUGGUCAACCCCAACGAGGUCUUCUGCUCGGUGCCGGGCCGCCUCUCGCUGCUCAGCUCCACCUCCAAGUACAAGGUCACGGUGGCGGAAGUGCAGCGACGCCUCUCGCCGCCCGAGUGCCUCAACGCCUCCCUGCUGGGCGGAGUGCUGCGGAGGGCAAAGUCCAAAAAUGGAGGGCGAUCUCUCAGAGAGAAACUGGACAAAAUAGGGCUAAACCUGCCAGCCGGGAGGCGCAAAGCUGCUAAUGUCACCUUGCUCACUUCGCUGGUGGAGGGAGAAGCAGUCCAUCUAGCUAGAGAUUUUGGGUAUGUUUGUGAGACAGAAUUUCCUGCCAAAGCAGUAGCUGAAUUUCUCAACCGACAACAUUCCGAUCCAAAUGAGCAAGUCACAAGAAAAAACAUGCUUCUAGCUACAAAACAGAUCUGUAAAGAGUUCACCGACCUGCUGGCUCAGGACCGAUCUCCCCUGGGGAACUCGCGGCCCAACCCCAUUUUGGAGCCGGGCAUCCAGAGCUGCCUGACCCACUUCAACCUCAUCUCGCAUGGCUUCGGCAGCCCAGCGGUGUGCGCUGCCGUCACCGCCCUGCAGAACUAUCUCACCGAGGCGCUCAAGGCCAUGGACAAAAUGUACCUCAGCAACAAUCCCAACAGCCACACAGACAACAACACCAAAAGCGGCGACAAAGAGGAGAAGCACCGAAAGUGAGGAUCCCCCUCACACUCCUCUCCCUUCCCCCCUUACAGCCAGCCCAUCAGUCCAUUCAUCUCCCUCCUCCCUCUUCCCUGCACCCAGCACCCCAGGCUACAGCAACAGAAUGAGUGUCCUUCUGCCAAUCCUGUUCUCUGACUCUGCAGGACUGCUCUGCCCUCUCCCCACACCCUUUCCCAGCAUCCACAAUUCCAUUUUUCCCCUUUUCACUCGCCCCUCCUCUCCCCCGCUGCUACCAUCGUUUUACUACCCCAGUUUGGAGCCUAAGAGAACAGAGCAGGGGGAUGGAGCCAGCAAAGAGAAAAAGUUCUGUCUUGAGUUUGUGAACUUUUUUUUUUUUAAUAAAACAAAAGGAGGAAAACAAAAACAAAACAAAAAAGGACCUUUUUUUUCUAAAAAUAUAUUAAAAAUAAUUAAAAAAAAUAAUACUUAAAAAAAAAUUCUAUGAGCUUCACCGGACUGAAUCAUCACCUUCCCUUACAUAAACUUCAGUUAAGAUUGUAGCCAUAUUAAGAAAAAAGCGAAAAAAGUGCAACAGCAGCAGCAACAGCAAACAAACAAACAAAAGGCAAAAAGGACUGAUGACAUUUUAUCAGUAUUGUGAAUAAACUUGAACACAAAACACAAGCAGUUCCAUGUCAUAUCUUCAGUUAUAGAACUUUUUCCUGUCAAAGGUAAAGCGACCAACUUGAACUUUCUAUUGCAACACGAUUCACGGUUAUUAUAUAAGGGAAUCAGUGUUCAUGUAUGUAUAUAUUUAUUUAUGUGUAAUUUAAUGGGAAUUGUAAAUAUGGUGAGUCUGUUUUAAGCCUUUUUUUAUUUAUCUGGUGAUCUCGUUUACCUCUUGUUUAGUGGGUUUUAAAUCUUCCCCUCUUAGUUCAUCAUGUGGUUCAUGGUACUUAUUUAGAUAUCAGAGGUUUUUUGGGGGUUUUUCUCUGGGAUACAUCAUUUUUAGCCCUGUUGUAGCAUGUUAAAGGCGACAAUGAAGCAGCUGAACAAAUAAAAAAACAUUAAUUUUUAUAUAUAAUUAGUACGACAUUUAGUUUCUCAUUGCAGAAAAAAUUAAGUGAUGUUGGACCCUGGCAAGAUUUUUAAACAUGUUAGUGGUUUUACAACCUUUAUGUGUUGUGGGAAAUGAAAGAAGUUAUUUUUAUCCACUGUCCCUUUCCUGAAAGCACCAUCAGAGCAAUAAAUUAAUAUUGUCUUUUAAAACAAGAUUUAGCUUUUCUUUCCUUUUUUUUUUCCUUCCUCCCUUUUGUUUUUCUUUUUCUCCUUUUUUUUUUUUUCCUUCCAAAGAACUUCAAACAUUUGGGACCACCUGGUAUCCUGUAAUUCCACUGGCCAUAUUGGAAGCAGUUAUAGUUGUAUUGUAUUGAGUUGUGCCGGCAGUAGUUUCCAUGCCUGUCAAUGUAUCAUAGUCC